UUCUGGAGUAACUCUCUUACAAUACACUGUUUUCCCUCCCACGCAGAAGAGUGGAGCCCAGAUGCCCUCAGGUCUUAGAAAUGAGUAGAAAAAGAAGAAAAAGCUACAAGGGCAGAAAAAAUUCUGAUUCCAGAGAAUAUGAGCAGUUGUCACUCACUUGUAAAUGCCAGCAAAAUGUAGAAAACCUGGAAAAUAAAGCAGACGAAUCUCUGGCUCACUUCACUGAGCCACUGGAUGUAAGGGAUUCUGAAGAAAAGGGAACAGAUCACGAAAUCAAGGAUCAGAGUAGUUCAGAUGUGUCUGAAGAUAGAGACGAUGUGUCAGACAAUGAAAAAGAAAGAAAGAAGGAAAAGAACUGCACUCCUCCAAUGUUCUCUUCUCUGGAAAAUGAAAUCCUUGCUACAGCAACUUUCGAUGAAUCAGGAGGUUCAUCAACAGGAAAAAUUACAGUGUGGGGCAAACCAGACUCUGCAAAGCCUGUUAGUUUGGCUACCGGAAUAAUUACUGCAGAGGUAAAACACAGGUCUUUUAAUGUGAAAGUAGAAAUUAAGAAUGUUUCUUUGUUUGAUUCUGGAACAAACCUUGUGGCUGAGAAAAGGAAAAGUUCAAAGAACAAUAAACACUGCCAUGAAAGACAUUACCAGAAAAGCCAGUGUUCAAGAUGUCCAAAAUACCAAUGUCCUCCAAAUGACCAUUCAGAAGUAGACAUUUGGAAGUGUAAGGGAACUUCUACACACAAAAUUCAAACUGCUCUCAACAAGAAUGCCUCACUGAAAAUGAACAUUGAAGGAAAGGAAAUUAAAGUAGAAUAUAUUAACAAAAAGAAAAACCUAAAAGUUAACAUCAAACCUGGUACACAGAGGAAAACCUGCAACAAGGAAUGUGAAGAUACAUAUUGGAAUGAAAUGGAUUGUUAUGUAACAAAGGCACCUUGCAAUACAGAUUGUGAGUCACAUUUUUGCUUUCAUGAAAAAGAAGAAUUUAUAUUCCCAGAUGGAUCCAUACUUCUUCCUCCGCCUAAAGAAUUUGCUGACUGUGACAAAAUGCAUUUAGAUACUAUUGCAGAGGGGGUCUCUUCAUAUCCUGCUAAUGACGGAGAGGAACCUGACAGCCUCUCUACAGCCUUGAGAAUUUGGGAGGGGGAAAAUUACUUCUGUAAACAUAACAAAAAUGAGUAUGAAGACCACAACAAUGAAAAAGAAGACUUCUCAAAAGACAAAAUACUUUUCUCAAAAAUGAAUAAUACAAACUGUCUUCUAGCCAGUAAUACCUUGAAUAAUUCAAACACUGGGAAGGAGCACAUCAAUAAGAAUAGUGCAACAGCUCAAGAAAGAAAUAACAUUUACAAGUGCAAUGGCACAGGGCAAACACCAGCAAGAAGAAAGUCUUUUCCUGAUACUACCCUUGAUGUACCAUCACCAUUUCACCCUAGAAGGGAUUCUGGCUUCUAUUCAUUACCAUCCUUGUCAUUAAAAGUACCACCUAAGGAGACCAAAGCAGACAUCUGUGGCAAGAACUCACACAUUCAUAACCACUGUACAGAACUUUGUAUGUGUCCUGACUUGACCUCUUCACUGAGAAAUUCGAAAGGUCUUAAGUCUACAUAUCAGUAUGCUUUCACUUCAUUUGAUCAUAAUAUUGCCAUUUAUCCAUCUGAGCCUGAAGAAAGUCUAGAUGACACUUGCUUACUGAAUGACUAUGCAGACUAUGUGGGGCAAGAUGAGGAAACAGAAGAAAUACUAAUGGAGAGUCUUCGCUCCAUUGAUACUAUAAAUGAGAAAAAAGAAAAAGGGCGUACAGAGUCUUUGAGAAACCUAGCCAUAUGGGAGGAAGACAGUGAGUCUACUGAAGAUGUUUUAGAUGGAGAAACACCAGAGUACAACCAUCUAGAGAAGCAUGUAGAUUUACGGAACAAAGCUCAGCUGGUACAGGUCUCUCCACCUUCUAGGACCCCUGCAGGUGAACCUUUUAGUGACAAGGAAAAUACUAAUUCUGCUUCUAUAGAAUGCAUUCCAAACCGACUUUCAGCCAUACAGAAAAACGUUCAGCCACCCUCCACAGAGCCUGACAUAACAAAGAAAAGGAGAGGAUCAGUAAUGACUGUAAUAACUGGAGAACUAGAACAAAGACUCAUUGUCCAAGGUGAUACUAAAUUGGUACCUGAUCCCUUUGGCUCUGCAGUAAGAAAAGAGCCUAAACUUUUCUGUAGUAUACAAGAAAAAUCUUUGCUAUCCCCCGUGAUAUUGGAUCUUGAGGAUCAUGACAUAGAUAAUGAAUUAGAAAGCUUUUCUGAAAUACAAGGUAUUUCUGGGAAUACCCUUCCUGAAAUCAAUUGCCAUAAUGAUUCUGUACAGACAGCCAUAUUAUCUCUCUCUUCAGCUUAUACUGAAAAGAAAGAAAUUUUCAUAGAACGAUCACAUAUCAACGAAAGAACAGAGAACCUUUGUGGUAAACAAUCACCUGAUGAUAGCAUAAGAACAGAUGCUGGAGCAAAUCAACUACCUCAGUUAGCCAAAUCCACCUCCGAUGAAGUUGAGAAAAAGGUUGAAAUGAAAGAAGAUUUUCAACAGAAUAUAGAUUUCCCCCUAUCAUCAGUAAAACAGAUUAGUCAGAAAGGUAGGUAUUCUAAGAUUUUUAUAGUUAAUGUCCCUUACACACCUCUGCAUAGUUGUCUUAGUGCUCUAGUGACAUCUUUGGAAAAAUGA